AGUGAGUUGAUUAGUUUUUAGUGUUGCUCCAGCUUGUCCUGCGUAAUCACCACAGAGCAUGGAACAGAAAAGAAGUGAGCAAAGUAUGCAAAAUGUCCUGGAUUUCAAGUGUAAAAAGAUUCUUCCUGUUGGAGAGAAAUCUAGUGCUUUAUCUCUUCCCCCUGUGCAAAAUUGUGAAACCUUUGAAAACCAGGGAAAUGCCAUUUUAUUUCAAACUCCUGCAAAGACAAUUGAACCUUCGAGGAGAGAUCUACUGAAAGAUGAAGCUCUUGAUGUCUUAGACAGAUGCAAGACCUUGAUAGAUCUCCUUGAUCGUAUGGACAGUUCUGUGAGGUUGCUUCAACUGUGUAAAAAGUUUCCAACUUUUCAAAAUAUUUGCACUCAGGUGGAGGUGCUAACGAAAAGGAAAUUCUCGUACUGCCAUCUUGCACAGAUAAAGUACAUACUUCCUGAAGCAGUUAAGAUUGAGAAGAUUCUAGUUCAUGAUGAGAAAACCCUUUGUAUGAAGCCAGAUUUGAAAAUUUCUCUACUAUUUGAUGCCUUACCAGCUCAUCCAGACCAGACAGCAUCUAUGGCAAUGCGGCAAGUUUUUUGCGCUAGGCUCUUAGAUUUCUAUGAUACUCAUCCUAAGGAAUGUGAUAUUCCAGAGGCCACAUUACCAGAGCCAUUUAACAAAACUGCUAUCAGUCUUCCAGAGUCAUUGCCCGUGGGAUUACCUAAGAUAUCUUCUCCGACCUCUAUUGAGCUUGAGUUGCUGUCAAACUCAUCACAUCUAUGUAUUUCUGGAAAGCACUUCUCUAAGAAGAUUAUCAUCCCAGAAGAAGAAAAGACUCAAAUCUUAGCCUCCUCAGUGCCUCAGUUAUCUGUAAACUCUGGUAGUGAAACUAAUCGGCAUUCUGGAAGCUCGCAAGAAAAAGAACCUUCUGAAUUGUCCAACACUCUUUCCUCUGCUGAACCAAUCUUCAGUCCACAGCACUCCAUGAACUCCAAUGCUUGUAAAAGCCCUCUUGUGAAGCUUAUCUCAGCUGCUGAUAAUUUGAUCAUGGAAACACCAGUGCAGCAAACACCAAAGAGAUUGAUUCCCAUUUCUGAUGACAAGAUAGUCAAUAGCACUGGUAUGGCUAGGGCAUUAAGCCAUUCAGCUACGAAGAGGUCCUUAGACUUCUCGACUUUGAAUGAAGAUGUGAGUGAUUCAAGUGUUAGCUUGGAGGAGUCAAAGCAGCAUGGAGUUAUUCUUAAUUCCUACCCUCAGAGUUCAGCAACAAUGGGGAUUCAGAUGAAUGAAAAUGUGCUCAGAUCUUCCUCUGUACUUUCCAAAAUGGAAGAGGAAAAUAAGGACCAAGUAGUUGAGGAUGGCGAGAUAAGUUUAAAAGAUUCAGUAAAGUGCCGGCAGAUGCUUGCUUCCUUGCCUGAUUUGUUUGAUCUAGUCCAAAUUAUAUUUCAGUCUGCCAGCUUUUCUUUGAUCACGAAACAGGAGCUUGUGCACAAAAUUAUAUGGAAUAACUGUGAUAUUACUGACAGAAGAGAAGUUGAAGAACAACUUGAGCUUUUGGAAGAGCUAGUUCCAGAUUGGAUUAGCAAGAAGUUGGUACCUAGUGGGGAUAUCUUCUACUGCAUCAGGAAAGUGUCUGAUCUGGUGUCCAUUCGUGAAAGGCUUGUUGAAGCACUGUAGUUAGUUUGGGUUUUACAUCAUCCCUUUGAGACGAUAUGACAGAUCAUAAUCCUUUGGACCAAUGUAUUUGGCUGCUCUAUGGAUCCAAUGUUUCAAUUGACUUACCAUUGAAAACCAUCACCUCCAGCAGCUGUUGAUUUAUUU